CUUUUUUCCUAAAAGAAGAGAAGAGAUAACAAUAAGAAGGGUAUCGUUCCUCUUUCCCUCAUCUCUUUUGUGUUAUCCUCAUCACAAUGUCUGUAACUUCUCCUCUCCUUCAACUUCCUCUCUCCCAAUUCAAAUCCCUCACCAUUUCCACCCCUUUCCUUCAUGGCUCUUCUUCUCUUUCUCGCCUCUCCAAACCCUCUUCCUCUAUCACUUCCCAAAAACCUUCUCCGCCUGCUUUCUUGCCUCCAAUUCGAGCCAUGAGAUCAAUGCAAGGCCGAGUCGUCUGCUCCACUAACGACAAAACCGUUUCUGUUGAAGUUACUCGUCUUGCUCCUCACCCAAAGUACAAACGUAGGGUUAGGAAGAAGAAGAAGUACCAAGCUCAUGACCCAUUGAACCAAUUUCAAGUUGGGGAUUAUGUUCAGCUUGAAAAGAGUCGACCCAUUAGCAAGACCAAGACUUUUGUUGCUGUACCUGUACCUCCGAGGAACCAGCCCAAGUUUAAGGAGGAAGAGAAUCAGGAACUUGGUCUUCCGCUUGAAUCUCUGCAGUCAAGUUAGAGAUUCGGCCAUAUGAAACCUAAGAUGUAAAAUCUGUGACAACUCCCAAUAACACUUGGGAUCAUUUUUAAUUGAGCUGAGUGUCUAUCAGAAACAACCUCUCUACCUCUAAGGUAGUGGUAAGGUUUGCAUACACCCUACCCUCUGGGUAUGUUGUUGUUGUUUCUCCUUGUAAUUGGAAAAUACUAUUCAUAGAUUAGGUUGCCUUUAUCUUGACGGAGAGGCUGCAUUGUAAAAUUGUCUUUGUUUUGCCAAGAAAACUGUGUUAAUGGUAUGCCUUGUGUUUUACUUGAGUA